GGGAAGAGAGAUCUUCAUAAAAAAACCAGUCUUUUCUGUUCAAGAUUUUCUGGGUAUCCUCAAUUUCUCUAUUUGUUUGUGCUUUCAUCAAAUUGAAAAGAGGGUUUUAGUGGGGUGCUGUGGUUUAGGAGCAUUUCUUUAAGGUGCUUGUGCUGAAGGGGAAACUGCAGAUCUCAUUCAUAUGAGGAGAUAUUCCAUUCUAGUGGAUGUGCUGCUUCUACUUGCAUUUUUCAGUAGUGCUCCUUGGUCUGCCAUGGCCAGCUCACAUUGCAGGCAGACCAAUUCAGGGGAGAUUCGGCCUCACAGUGUCACCAUUACUGAAUUUGGUGCAGUUGGUGAUGGUGUCACUCUGAAUACAAAAGCAUUUCAGAAUGCCAUAUUCUAUCUGAAUUCAUUUUCGGACAAGGGUGGAGCCAAGCUUUUUGUUCCUGCUGGCCGGUGGUUAACUGGAAGCUUCGAUCUCGUCAGUCACCUAACUUUAUGGUUAGAUAAAGAUGCAGUAAUUCUCGGAUCGACAAAUUCUGAUGAUUGGCCAGUUGUUGAUUCCUUGCCAUCAUAUGGCCAAGGUAGGGAAUUACCAGGGGGAAGGCAUCGAAGCCUCAUAUAUGGACAGAAUUUGACAGAUGUUGUCAUAACAGGUGAUAAUGGGACAAUUGAUGGCCAAGGCAGCAUCUGGUGGAACUGGUUCAGAAGUAAAACCCUGGACUAUACGCGGCCCCAUCUGGUUGAGUUGAUGAACUCAACAGGGAUAGUAAUAUCAAACUUAACCUUCUUGAAUUCUCCAUUUUGGACAAUCCACCCAGUCUACUGCAGCCAUGUUAUUAUCCAGAACAUCACAAUCCUGGCUCCUCUAGAUUCACCAAACACGGAUGGGAUUGAUCCAGAUUCUUCAGAUGCUGUUUGCAUUGAGAACUGUUAUAUUAGCACUGGUGAUGAUCUAAUUUCCAUCAAAAGUGGAUGGGAUGAGUAUGGUGUUUCCUUUGGUCGUCCCAGUAGAAAUAUUACAAUCCACAAGCUCACUGGACACAAUAUAAAUGGCUCUGGUAUUGCCAUCGGAAGUGAAAUGUCUGGAGGUGUGUCUGAAGUUCAUGCAGAAAACCUCUAUUUUUUUAAUUCGAGCACAGCUAUCAUAAUAAAGACAGCAUCUGGAAGGGGUGGUUAUGUGAGAAAUAUCUAUAUAUCAAACGUGACAUUGUCUAAUGUAGAGACUGCUCUAAGGUUCUAUAGUAAUUUUUCUGAGCAUCCAGAUGACUACUAUGACCGAAAAGCUCUUCCUGUAAUAGAAAGGAUUACAGUUAAAGAUGUCACAGGAGAUAACAUAAAAGUUGCAGGCUUCCUUGAGGGUAUAGAAGGGGCCAGUUUUCGCAAUGUUUGCUUGUUGAAUGUUACCCUCAAAGUAACUUCAGAGUCCCCAUGGACCUGCUCUUACGUUCAAGGAUAUUCCGAUUCAGUUUCUCCAGAACCGUGUAAAGCUCUGAAGAAAAUACCAGAGGAUGUCUCAGAUUGUUACAGUCUAUCAAAUUACUUGUGGUGUUUAAGAACUCAAAAGAGAAAUUCUUGGUUGCAUUCUUGGUAAAUAACAGAGUCACAAUGUUUGCUUUGUAUGGCCUUGUUUCAUGAAGUUUCAAUUUUAGAUGGAAUUUUGAUUCUUGCCAUUUCUCAACACAACUGCAGAUCACCUUGCUGAGGAAAUGAUGCCAAACCUAAAUUGAGAGGAAUGGCAUAUACAUGGUUCUUGACUUGUGAGACGGUAUUGAAAAAUGAUUGUUUCUUGUAAUUUUGUGUGCAGUGAUAAAUAAUCCAGUAAUUUGUUGAAGAAAUGAAAAUAGAAUGAGCUUAUUUCAGUGAAAUAACUCAGCCGCAAUUUUUCCUCCUUGAUUUAUACUGAAAUUUCAAUAGAUGGAAAAUGCUAAAUUAUGUUAUAGCCAGCACAAUUCUGUGGAAUUGCUUGAGGUUGUGCAUCUUUGAGAUUGUCUAAGAAAGGGCCUUUUCCUGCAAGGUUGCUUCUCUUGUAAAAAAGGUGAAGGCAAUUUCCAUUCUUUGGAAGGAUGUAUUUUUCACUGUCUAUUUCUGUACCGUACUGGAUAUUGCUUUGUGAA